CGUUUUGUUUUUGUUGUCCUGGAAGAAAAUAAACCGAAAGGAACGGAACUGCAGAGCAAAACAAAAUCAAAAUCUUCGAAUGAUUCAAAAUUUCAAAUCAUUCAAAUAAUUCCAGAAGAAAUUUUAAGCUAAUCAUGAUCUACAACUUGUAUAUUUUUGACAAGUACGGUACGCUUCUUUACUAUGGGGAAUGGAAUCGACUGAAGCAAUCCGGAAUAACAAAAGACGAGGAAGCCAAGCUCAUGUACGGGAUGCUGUUCUCAUUGAAAUCCUUUGUCAAUAAAAUUUCACCCAUCGAUCCAAAGGAAGGCUUUCUAUAUUACAAAACGAACAAAUAUGCGCUUCACUUUGUCGAAGUGUCCUCGGGUUUGAAGUUCGUUCUUAAUACAGAUACGACCGCAACCGGCAUCAAGGAGUUUCUUCUUCACCUGUACAGCAAGAUAUGGGUGGAAUACGUCGUUCGAAAUCCACUCUGGACCAUUGGAACCCCCGUCACAUCCGAACUUUUUAAAACUAAACUGGAUGAAUUCGUAAAACAAUCUCCGCUGUUCGGACCAAAAGUCAUAUGAAUUCACGUUUUACUUCAAUAAUUCAGACCAUUAAAAGAAGAUAAAUUGUACAAUUAAA